AUGGGAACGCAUAUAUGGCCUGGAGCAAAAGUGAAAGUGGCACAGUUUUUCAACAAUAACCAUAUUAAUCAAAUCGUGACGUUUCUUAUUAUUGUUGCGGGUUUAUAUGUCUCAAUGGUGUCAAUUACCGGCCAAAACUUCCUCCACCCACUCUCGCCGGUCACAUCAAACACUUUGAAUUUGCAAAAUGCAGCAAACGAGAUCCUCCAUUCAAUUAUUUCUUGCUUUAUGAUGGUUGUGCUCGCGGUGGCAGCCGGAAAGAUCGUCAAGUUUUUCUAUAUCCCGUCAUUAAUUGGAUGCAUGCUGGUCGGAAUAGCAAUGAGGAAUGUGCCGCAGUUUGGAGAAUUGUUUUAUAUCAACGAGUACUGGCAAUUCAUCCUACGAAAACUUUCUUUGGUGGUCAUUAUUAUACGAUGGGGGAUCUCGAUAAACGUCCGGUUUAUCAAGAAGAACUACAUUUUCCCACCGAUACUGGGGAUCGGAUCUGCAUUUGCAGAGGCGCUGGCAAUAUGUUUCACAGCAUGUGUCUUUUUCGACUUCCCAAUUUCUCUCGGUCUUAUCUGUGGAUUCGUUGUAGCUACAGUAUCUCCAGCAGUCGGAAUGCCCACAAUGCUUCACUUGAAAGAACAAGGAAUUGGAACCACAAAAAAUAUACCUGAUGUGGUUCCAGCUGCCUGCUGUUUUGACAAUUUCGUGUCGCUGUUUAUAUUUUCGGUAACAUCGUCAAUCACAUACACACACGACGCGUUUUUUGCGACAAUGGUGAAGAGUAUAGGGGCCAUUGUGUUGGCGGCGUUAAUUGGAUGUGUCAUCGGAUGGCUUUUACGUUGGUUUCCAAAAAAUGACAACAGACAUACUCAUUUUGCACGGUUCCUGGUUAUUGCGUCUUCAGCUUACGCUGUUAUUACAAGUAUGCUAGUACUCGGUUACGCUUUUCCCGGUAUCGUUGCCGCGUUGUGUCUCUGUUGUGUCAGCACCACUCAGUGGAGAGAAGAUAACCCAAGAGGAAUCAAGGUUCUUGUCCAUCAGUUCGAUAAUUUGUGGUAUUUUGUUGCGGUUCCGUUACUUUUCUCAUUGGUUGGUUAUACAUUCGAUUUCAAUCAGCUAUCUUUGGCUGAUUGGAAAACAGCAUUCAUCCUUAUCGUGGUUGGCAGUUCUUUCCGGUUGAUUUCCGCAAUGAUUUUAGCGUUCUGUGGACAUUUCAACAUCUACGAACAGUUAAUCUUAGCACUGACUUUGAUGCCAAAAGCAACUGUGCAAUGUGCAUUGGCCCCAUCGCUUAUUUUCAUGACCAACGGAUUCCCGGAACUCCGCGAGCAAACCAAACUAAUUAUCAACAUUUGCAUUAUUGCUGUGAUGGUGACAAGUCCAGUGGUGGAGAUCUUAUUGGAUAUUCUUGCACCAAGAAUCCUUAAGAUUAAGGAGAGAACUUCGAUAUAUAACAGAGAUAUUACAAAUUCAACAAUUCUGGAUGAGCUUGAUUCGAAACAAAAUCUACAAAUGACAAAAUCGUCUUCGAACAACAGCAGAUCUACUCUGGAUAAUAGAAUUAACUCAAUAGCUACAACUCUCUUAAUAUUCAUUUCUCUAUACAUUUCAAUUAUCACUCUUCUGGGUGAGAACUUCUUGAAUCCACUUGCUGAUCACCCCGUAACUACUACUAAUGAAGACAUCACAGUCCGUACCAUUUUUGUGAUAUUCAUUCUUCUGGUUGCCGGUAUCUUUGCUGCAAAAGGUUCAAAGGCUUUGAGGCUUCCCCCACUUUUUGGUUGCCUUGCUCUUGGAAUCGUAAUUAGAAACAUCACUAUUUUUGAACAAUUUUUCGUAUUCCCCCCAUUUGUGGAAACAAUGAUCCGAAAAGUCGCACUGGCCAUGAUUGUAAUUCGUUGGGGACUUGCCACAGAUGUUCAAUUUCUAUAUGAAAAUGCAGUCAUGCCAGUCACUAUUGGUCUUGUCACAGUUAUUGGUGAAAUAAUUGCUGUCACAAUUGCCUCUUACUACAUUCUUAAUAUUUCCUUUGUUAUGUCAAUUUUCUGCGCAUUGAUCUUAGUUAUCGUCUCUCCGGCUGUCACUGUUCCCGCUAUGAUUUCCUUCAAAGACAAAAAUUUGGGAUCUCUCAAAAGAAUCCCGGAGAAUAUUCUCGCUAUUUGCUGCGUAGACAACCUGUUUUGCGUUGUUGUGUUUAUGGUUCUUUCCUCUAUAAUUUUCACUGAUGCGCCAAUUGCUACUACCAUUCUUCUGAAUGCUGGAACCAUUGUUUUCGGAGUUAUUGGAGGAGUAAUUAUAGGAUGGUUGCUCUGGAGAUUCCCAAGAUCUGAUGCCCCACACACCCAAUUUGCCCGAAUCACACUUCUUGGAGCUCUCUGUAUUUCAAUGAUGAUUGGUACAUACCUCAUAAAAUACUCAUGCUCCGGAUUCCUUGCUGCUUUGAUCACCAGUGCAAUGUGUGCAAUGAAAUGGAAUACUGACAAUAAAGACAAACUUGAAUCAGUUACGUCUACAUAUAAGUAUCUUUGGGACUCAUUUGCUCUUCCGUUGCUCUUCAUCUGUCUUGGAAUGAAAUUUGAUUGUUCAACCUUAACUUGGGAAAUUGUUUUCCUGUGCAUCGCGGUCAUUGCUAUUGGCCUCUUGGUCAGAACUAUUCUUGUGAUGAUGAUCACCCUCUCUUCUCACAUAAACUUCAAAGAACAAGUCGUUGUUGCAUUGAGUUUGCUCCCCAGAGCUACUUUCCAAGCCGACCUUGCUCCAACUCUUGUUUUGAUGGCUGCUCCAUUCCCAGAUAUGGCAAAGGAUGCAGCACUAAUCAUGAAAGCCGCUAUUCUGUCAGUUUUGGUGACCGCUCCAAUUUUUGACAUCCUCCUCAAUCUUGUUGGAUCUAAGUGCUUAACACGUUAUGACUCCAAGGACACCCCAGCAAUUGAGCAAAACCUUGAUAAAAGUUACAUGAAUGGCGAUCAUGUUGAUGAUUCAAUUUAUGCCGCUCGCCCGAAAUCCUAUUCUGAGUAUCGCAGUGAAACUGUUAUCGAAAGAUAUUAA